AUGCACUUAUUUCUUCAACGGUCCGUGCACUGCAUGAUUGCGGUCGUGCGAUCCCGUCUUCGUGCUCAGUGGUGGCUACCAACAGUCCUGAUAGUGACUAUUGUUCAAGGCACACGUGGUCAGUGCCCAUGGAUGGAAAACCCAGAUUUACAAGCGACCUGUGUGUGUGCUUUCAAUUUAGCCAGACAACUCUCAGUGCAAUGUGACCAGGUAGAUUUUCCGAUGCUACUAUCAGCAUUAAAUUCUAGCGCUGGAAAAAUUUCUAUAGACUUGCUAUACAUAAACAAUGCGACAAUAUCAUCACUAACUAGUGAUAUGUUUAGAAAUUUAGCCAUUUACAAUCUACAAAUAUCAGGCUGCAAGCUGAGGAAGAUUGAAAGCAAUGCCUUUAACGGUCAAGGCCAGUACUUAAAGAAUUUGAAUCUACAAGACAAUGAAUUAUCGGAGGUGCCUGUAAAAGCACUUAGAAUAUUGACAAACUUAUCUCUGUUAGAUCUAUCAAAAAACAAGAUAACUUUAAUAGAAAACUACUCGUUUUCUACCCUUCAAGAAUUAACAACUUUAAAAUUAUCCGAUAAUAAUGUAACACUAGCACCGCAAGCCUUGGCUGGUUUGGAAAAUUCUCUUAAGAAUCUUAAUUUAAAAGGAACCAGACAGAAAACUGUUCCGGAAUGUAUACGAGGUCUACGAAGUCUUGCCUUUCUUGACCUGUCACAGAACAGUAUUCGAGAAUUACCAGGCCCCGACGGCCCUCAAACUUUUGAAGGAUUAGAUUCUCUUACGGCUCUCAAUUUGGAACGAAAUUUACUUGUAAAUUUAAAACAUGGAGCAUUUUUACAAAUCAAAAACACGCUGAGCUCUUUAAGUUUACUAAAUAACCUUUUACCAGAAUAUCCGACAGAAGCAAUAUCCGUCUUAUCAGAGUUGAGAGUGCUUGAUAUAGGAUUUAAUUUACUUAACAAGAUACCUUCAGAUGCCUUUUUAAGGAAUCCGUCAAUAACCUUACUGGCAUUAGAUGGCAAUCCACUACCGACUGUACCAGAAAAGGCUUUGGCUCACCUCAAUUCUACAUUGAGAGGUCUUAGUCUUGGGGGCAGAUUCUUGAACUGUGAUUGCAAAUUACGAUGGAUUAUAGAAUGGAUUCGGAAUGGCGAACUACAAGUGACUUCACGCGAGAGAAAUCCCCAAUUCUGUGGGAAUCCACCAGCAUUCCGAGAUCGUGGUUUCUAUAGUUUUGAGCCGAAUGAGUUAGUAUGUGAUCAUGAUGUAACUGAAAUAGUUCCAACAACUUUCAAGCAUGAUAUAAGUUACACGACAACGUCGCCGGUUACAACAGCACAAGCAACUACUCCUGCAUCAACUACCUUUAAUGUGCCUUCGAACAGUGAAAUUCAUGAGUCAUCAACAAUUAAAUCUUCUAGCACAACUCCAGUAACUACUACUUCGAGUAAACCUAGUCGCAACCCAGCAGUACGCCCGGCUGGGCCAAAUUGGAGACAUGCACCAAAUCAAAGACCACCAUUGGUCAUGAAUUUCCCACAACAGAAACCAAUUAUAGAUGACUCUAACGAAGUUAAAGUAAAAAAUGCUUACAGACAGGAUAACUCUGUUAUAAUUCAAUGGGAUUCAGAUGUUGCAAAUAUUCUCGGAUUUCGGGUUGUGUAUCGUUUAUUUGGAGAUAAAAGUUUCAAACAAGGACCACCACUUGAAGCUAGCGAAAGAGAAUUCAAAAUUAAAAAUGUUCCAUCUCAGGAAUGCAUUGUUGUUUGCGUUAUUUCUUUAGAAGAAAUACACAUAAGCCCAGAGACUGUGCCUUACACACAGUGUAGAGAAGUGCGCACGGUAUCUGCAGCUGCUACAAAUAUGGAUAAAAUCACUAUAGCAGCCAGUGCAGCAAUAUGUGGCACCAUCGUUGUAGCUGUUCUUGUCUUCGCGGCUGCAUCACGUCGUCGUUCAAGAACCGUUCACCGCUUACACUCACAACUUCCCGAAAAAGUACCAAACUCAUGCUGUGGUGGACUCGCUGGCACUCCGAGUCCAAGUGGCCCGUUAUCUUCUCUUGCUACAAUAGGUGCUUUUGGUAAACAGCGCGAAUGGGAUCAAGUGUCAGCGUAUAGCGCGCGAUCAAUACCUCGUGCACGAUCUUACACCGAACCUCCACCUCCAGAAACACUACCGGGUAGGCCUGGAAGGGCCAGAUCUCUUGCAGAUGGUCAGUCACAACACAGCUACUCUGCCCGCUAUGGAGCUUCAGGAUACCCAACGAGUUUAUUAGGAUCACGAACUGAUCUACGCCAAUCACGACAGUCUUUAGGAGGAGCUUCUGAAAGGGCGUCCCGUUUAUCCUUAAGCGGAGCAGCGGGUGGAGCUACAAGCGGUACAUCAGGGUCUAGACGGAGACCAAGAUCUCGCUCACGACCAGCCAGUCGCUAUAGCGUUGGUUCUAUUGGAAUGGGUUACUGUGAUACUUCAGAUAAUUGGACUGAUCACGAUAUGGAUAUAUACAUGACCCGUAAUGCAACUGCCAGAGGUGGUUUAGUGCCCUUAUAG